UCCUCUUCUUUUUUUUUUUCCUUGCACGGAAGGUCUCAAGAUGAAGACAUCCGCAGGGCCUGUGUCAAAACGAAACAAAAACUCUUGUCUCCCGCCUCCUUGUAAUUCUCAACAAUUCUUAAAACAAGCCAAUACGAGGAAAUACUUCAAGGAACUCAAUUGCCAGAGUCGCACAUGGCAAGACACUUUGUUGUUUUUUUGCUGGCUGCAUAUAAUCAUUAACUUAGAAGGGAAAGCUCUCUUUUUAUUAUUUCACUGCUGUCAUGUGCUGAUUUCUCAAGAAGCAAGUUCUACUAGUUCCAUCACGGGAAAGGGAAGACCAAGCCGACCAGGCUCAGCCAACCCUCAGCCAAGCACAGCAACGGAGAUGUUGAAAUUGAAGCGAGAGAUUGGGCUGGCCAGCGCAGUGUCAUUAAUUGCUGGCACUAUGAUCGGUUCGGGGAUUUUCAUGUCCCCAGAGUGGGUGCUGCGUAACAUAGGCAGCCUGGCUGGCAGCCUCAUCAUCUGGGCAUCCUGUGGCAUAUUGUCCACUUUUGGGGCCCUGUCCUAUGCUGAACUGGGAACUUUAAUUAAAGAGUCGGGAGGCGAAUAUAUCUACAUCCUGCGGACCUUUGGCUCCCUCCCCGCUUUCCUCUUUGCCUUUACCUCUGUCAUUGUCGUGAGACCCGCCGGUGUGGCGGCCAUCUCCCUGAGCUUUGCUGAAUACACUGUGGCCGCCUUUCAUCCUGGGUGCCCUUCUCCCCAGGUAGCGGUCAAAUGCGCAGCUGUGGCCUGCAUCCUGCUUUUAACUCUCAUCAACUGCCUCAGCGUCAGGCUGGCCACUUCCGUCAUGAAUGUCUUCACGGUGGCCAAGCUGUUGGCGUUGCUGGUCAUCGUGGUGGGAGGCGUGGUGCUGCUCGUUCAGGGGGAAACGCACCGCUUCCAGAAUGCCUUUCAAAACACAAGGUUGGAAGCCGGGGUUAUCGGGAUUGCGUUCUAUCAAGGGCUUUGGUCUUUCGAUGGAUGGAACAACCUGAAUUAUGUGACGGAGGAGAUUAAGAAGCCGGAGGUGAACCUUCCACGGGCCAUGAUGAUUGCUAUUCCUCUAGUUACCUGCUUCUAUUUGCUGGUAAAUGUGAGCUAUUUUGCAGCCAUGACUUCUGCUGAACUUCUGUCUUCAGGUGCUGUGGCCAUUACGUGGGGGAACAAGGUCCUCGGUAGCUGGGUCUGGCUGAUGUCAUUGUCCGUUGCAAUGUCUUCGUUUGGAUCAGCAAACGGAACAUUUUUCAGCGGAGGCCGCAUGUGUUAUAUUGCAGCAAGAGAAGGCCACAUGCCAGACAUUCUAUCCAUGGCUCACAUAAGAUACCUUACACCUUCUCCUGCUCUCAUAUUUACUUCUGCUGUGUCGAUAAUUAUGGUUAUAGCCGGAAGCUUCAGUCAGAUUGUGAACCUUUUCAGUUUUACAGCUUGGCUUUUUUACGGGACAACUGUCGCUGGUCUCCUGUACUUAAAGAUUAAGAAACCAGAAUUGCCAAGAUCUUACAAGAUACCAAUCGUCAUACCAGUAGUUUUCCUGAUGGCGUCUAUAUACCUUGUGUUGGCACCCAUCAUUGACCAGCCCCAAAUGGAGUUCCUUUACGUCAUCCUAUUCAUUUCCAGUGGGAUCAUCUUUUAUUUCCCCCUGAUUCACUACAAGUACCACCCCACCUUCUUAAGAAAAUUUACUAUGCAUUUUCAGCUGUUUCUGGAGGUUGCCCCAACUGAAAAGAAUGCGGACUGAUUCAAUAGUCACAUGCCCUCUUUGAGAGACUCAUGGCAAAGUCUGUAUAUCUGGUCUGAACUGUCGGUCUGAACAUUUGGGAUCAAACCACCACAAGCUACCACUGUUUCCAAAACUGGAGAGCAAUUAAUUAAGUGACCUGGAUGUUUCUGAAACAAGCUUUGUAAAUUGUGGUGUGUAUGUGUGUUUUUUUGGGUGUGCGUAUGCAUACACGCAUACA